UCUCUCUCUCUACACACUAUAUUAGCCGUUUAUUUUCUCUCUUCCUCAUCAAGAAGAUGUGUAGGUCGACUGACUUUCACGGUUAUCGAUCCGCCGGUCGAGAUUCUCGCCUGAGAAUCAGAGCGCUCUUCGUCCGGUUUUCGGGUCUAAAUGAUCAGAACCCGUUGCCCGAAUCAAUCACUCUGCUCUACCUCCCACGCAUCAACGAGAACUCGCUCGUCGUCGACGGGUCGAACAUAAAGCUUGAUUCACCCGCGUUCGUCACUCUGCACCGGGUCGUUGCAGCGAAGACGAGGGAGGGGGAGGUGGUGUUCGGGAGCAGGGAGAGAGUUCGGGCUGGCGAAGGGGUGCAGUUCGAGGUGUACCUAAGAGAGGAGAAGGUUUUGAAGGGGAUUUUCAGAAAAGAAGAGGGCGGCGAGUGGACAUUGGAGUGCAAGUGCAAGAUGGAAAGCGAGGUUUCAGUUUCGGAGGCGGAGGUUUGCGUGGCAGUGGAAGGGCACGUGGCGAUGAAAGAGAGGGUGGAUAUGGCGGUGAGGAGAAGGAGCUGGAGGAGGAAGCAUGACAGCAGGGUUUGUGGAGGGUUGGAGGAGAUCCCAGAGGGAAGAGAGGAGGAGGAGGAGGAGGAGGAUACUACUGAAUCGGACGGCGGCUGCUGUUGUUCUUGUGGGGAAGAAAUGGAGAAUGGAUCGGACGGUAGAGAUGUUGGGGAAGGGGAGGACCGAGAUGAAGAAGAUAGUACGGAUAUGGCGAUGGAGAUGGAAGGAGUGAGAUGGGCGGUUGAUGUGGGGAUUUGGGUAAUGUGUUUGGGGGUUGGCUUCUUGGUUUCUAAUGCUUCUCUGAUCAACAACUUCAGACGCAGGAAAAUACUUUGAGGCUCUUUUAAUCGAAGUUUUACAUUUUUUUAAAAAAAAUCUCUGAUCGGUAAUUGUAAAAAGUCAUGAGUUUAUUUUGCAAAAUUGAGAGAGACAUAAACAUGUCCAUAAAUUCUACAGAGUUAGCUAGCAACUCAACCAUUGUGAUACAAUUUUUGUGGUGGUAUACCGAUUCCAUCUUUA